GUGACGGAGGAAGACCUCCCCACAAUAGAGACCCCAAACACAAUAAACGUCAGCCCCCUGGGGAGUCUAAAUGCUGACUUGUAUUCUGAGAACAACUUGAGCAAACCUGCAGAGUCCCAAACUUCAACUGCAUGUAGUCCAACCAUGCCGGUCACCAAAGUGCAGCCAUUUAUUUCUGAAGACGAUAUGGACAAAAGUUGGAAGCAAAAACUGCUGGCUCAUCGCAUGGAAUUGCUCAUAGCUGCAUGUAUCAUCCUGGUGGUCUGUCUUGCUCUCGGUAUAGGCCUUGGAGUGGGUCUGAGCUGCAUGGGGAAGUUUCAGUGCGGCUUUUCAUCUCAGUGCAUAAGAAGUUCAGCCCAGUGUGAUGGAAAGGUGGACUGUGACAAUGGCGAGGACGAGCUAGGCUGUGUGCGUCUCAGUGGGCGGAGUUCAGUCCUGCAAGUCCAGAGAGAAGGUGUGUGGAGGACAGUCUGCUCUGAGGACUGGAAUAAUUGGCUUGGAGUGUCUGCCUGCAAACAGCUGGGAUAUAACAGUUAUGUUGAGUCAUUCUUCAUCCCGCUGACUUCCAUCGAGCAGAACCUUCAGUACAAUCUGGUGUCCAUCAGCCUCAGCCAUAACCUUAGCCAAUCGCAGACUAUACAGCUGCAAAACGCUACAACUUUCAGUAAAACCCAAUGCACCUCAGGAAGAGUAACAACGCUGAAGUGUCUGGAGUGUGGCUUCAGACCAAAGUACACCAUGACUCGUAUUGUUGGAGGGAACAUCUCCAAACCUGGUCAGUUCCCUUGGCAGGUUAGCCUCCAUUUCAACAGUGAACACCUCUGUGGUGGCUCCAUCGUAACUUCAUUCUGGAUUGUCACAGCAGCACACUGUUUAUUUGGUUUUACAAACCAGUCCAUGUGGAGGGUCCAUGUGGGACAGACGGAGCAGCCAGUCCACGGUGCCCAGUCUCUUGCAGUGGAGAAGAUGAUCUUCCACGCCCGUUAUCGCCCCAAAGGCCUGGAUUACGAUAUCGCACUCAUGAAACUGAGCAAGCCUCUUGAUUUUGAUGGAUUUGUGGAGCCCAUCUGCCUGCCUAACUAUGGGGAGGAGUUUGAGCAGGGCACCGAGUGCUGGAUCUCUGGAUGGGGGGCAACCGAGGACGAAGGAGAGACCAGUGUGUUUUUACGUUCGGCCAUGGUGCCCAUCCUCUCCACAAAGACCUGCAAUCAGCCAGAGGUUUACCAGGGCCUCAUCUCACCAUGGAUGGUCUGUGCAGGAUACCUGGAAGGAGGAACUGACUCCUGUCAGGGGGACAGCGGGGGUCCUCUGGCUUGUGAAGACUCAUCUCUGUGGAAGCUGGUUGGGGCAACAAGUUGGGGCAUCGGCUGCGCUGUGAGGAACAAGCCCGGUGUUUACACCAGGAUCACACACUCACUCAGCUGGAUCAGGCAACACAUGGAAGUCAGUCCAUAACCAGCCCCUUAUUGAUUGUGUGCAACACACUGCCAAUAAGGUCUACAUGUCUGGCAACACAAGCGGGUACCAAGAUAAGGGUGUCUUAUGAGCAUGAGUACUCCCGGGAACUGGGGAGCUGCGGUUCAUUGAGGGGAAACAUGAACUCCAACACGUACAUUCUGAUAACCUCCCUUGGAUGGAAUACGGUACAACCAUGUCUCUUCCAGACCUGAACCCACUCGUGCAUCAUCAAGCAGAGGGUGAAGGACACCCAACAGUGUCGUUGUGAAAGAGGAUGCCAGUGACAAAUGAUGCAGCGCUGCUCAAUUCCAUGAAGGCAGUGCGAGGUAACAAAUAUUCACACCUUUUGGACAAGAAGUGUACUCACUUGUGUUGCACAUAUUAGACAUGAAUGUAUAUUUAAGGUGGGCAAAUAGAUCCAAACAUCGAUAGUAUUGAUACCAAGAAUAGUAUGCAUAUCAUAUCAAUCAGGUUUUCUUUUACAUUCAUUUUCACAUAUUGUGUUUUUUUGGUCCAUAUUGUUACAUUGAUUACAUUAAAGUCAUAUAUUUUUAUAUUGUUUACAAAGUCAGGGAAGAAGUUGCGACAACUGCAUUUAAAACACUUCCUUGUGGUCUACAUCAGUCUGGUGUGCCAUGGGAGAUUAUGCAGUUUCACCUAUUUGGGUUAAACCAGUAAUUAUAGUCUGCAAAUGAUGUGUUGUUGUUGAGUGUUGGUGCUGUCUAGAGCUUGGCAGGGUAACCAUGUUAUUCUCUUCCAUAUCAGUAGGUGGCAGCCAGUAGCUAAUUGCUUUGUAGAUGUCGGGAACAUGGUUUGUCGUGAUCGCAAUAUGCAGACGACAGCGGGAGGCAGUGUGCAGUUAAAAAGGUAUCUAAUGCUUAAACCAAAAAUAAACAAAAGGUGAGUGCUCCUAAGAAAAGGCAUUGAAGCUUAGGGAUGGAUAUGCAGAACGGAACUAAAACUGAACUGGCGACAAAGUAAACAAAAACAGAAUGCUGGACGACAGCAAAGACUUGCAGCGCGUGGAGCAGAGACGGCGUCCACAAAGUACAUCCGUACAUGACAUGACAAUUAACAAUGUUCACACAAAAAGAGAUAGCAACAACUUAAAUAUUCUUGAUUGCUAAAACAAAGCUGGUGCGGGGAAUAUCGCUCAAAGGAAGACAUGAAACGGCAACAGGAAAAUACCAACAAAACAGGAAAAGCCACCAAAAUAAGAGCACAAGACAAGAAAACAGCAAAAAAACUCCAAAUAAGUCACGGCGUGAUGUGACAGGUGGUGACAGUACACCUACGUUGAGACAAGAGCUAUAGUGAUGCAUGGUUGUUUAUGGUUUAAAUUCAUAUCCAACAAUUGCAACAACGACUUUGUAUUGUCUACUGAGUUUCAUUUUUUAAUGAUAUCAGCUGGUAGUGUGCCUCCGGAUUUUUUCAAUGAAAAAAAUGCGCCUUGGCUCAAAAAAGGUUAAAAAACACUGGUUUACAUAACAUUUAAUAGUUUCGCUUUGGUCAAGAUUUUGCAUAGAUUUUUUUACAGACUAUCUUCAAGUUUUUCUGACCGUCUCUUCAGGAUGUGCAAUUUUGCGGGCGGUCUUAUUUACACGCCCAAGUCCUCUUUCAGGCCCAGCCGUCAGCCAUGUUGUAGUUUUUAGUGCUUCCAUAUGCAGUCUACUGACAGAUAUAAGUUAGAACUAUACGCUACUUUUUGUUAGAAAUGGAAACAGCGGAGGAUGCAUGUGCAUGUACGAGCCAGUCUGCCCCACAAGAAGACUACGACUAAACAAAAAUGGCUGACUCGCACAGCAAAACUCUUCGGAUAAACCCAUACCAUAUAUGGAGAUAUCAUUCGUAACAAAGGCAAAAUAUGUCACAGUUACUAACAGCUCGUUCAGUGCAAAUUUGGAAGAAGGCAAAAUUAUUUUAUAAAUAUCGACAUGCUUUGAUUCCACCUUUGUGGGACUUACGUGGAUCCCAAAUACACAAAAUAAGGUAAGGAAUGUUGGCUUUGCAUAAUAAGGCCACUUUAAAUGAGAUCCACUAGUAGUUUUUGUUUACUAAUUUUGCACUAUUUAUU